AUCUUCGGUCCUUCACUAAUACUCCGUAAGUACUCAUUCCUUUCUUGAACCCCAGCAAGAAGUCUCUCUCUCUCUCUCCUUCUCUCUCUCUCCUAACACCAACAUACUCCCUCACUCACACCCCUCUCCUUCCCCAACGCCACCGAUCGAACGAGUCAUGCACAAAGCGAAGCUGCAAAUCCUGUGCCAGCGCAACUCGUGGGGCUUACCGGAGUUCUCCACCACCAAAUGCGGCCUCGACCACAACCCUAGCUUCACCGCCACCGUCACUGUCAACGGCGUCCCUUUCACCACCGCCGAUGACAGCAGGACUUCCAAAGAAGCUCAUAACAAAGCCGCCAAGGUCGCUCUCGACCACUUCUCUCCCCCUGUUAACCCGUGCCCUAGCUUUCCACAACCCUCUCAUCUUCCUACUACUUCUGGUUUGGAUGUUGGACAGCUCAGCACAGGGAUAUCACAGCCUACCAUGACAGGGACAAUACAGACUCCUCUGAUGAGUGAAACUCUAGUUGGAGCCAAAGAUGAUAAGAAACUUAUCGAUAUGCAUCAUCUGUACAAAAAUCGGCUGCAAAAUUAUGCUCAAAAGAGAAAUCUCCCACUGCCUGAUUAUUCUACUGAACGUGAAGGCCCUCCACAUGCGAGUCGAUUCAAGUCUAAGGUCACAAUUGAUGGGAAAACCUAUGGGAGUCCUGAAUUUUCCCCGACAUUAAAAGAAGCUGAACAUGCAGCUGCAAAAGUUGCCUUGGAAUCGUUGUCAGUCAAUGAAGUUCAGGAAGAUGAUUCUGGUCUCUUCAAGAAUCUCUUGCAAGAACUGGCUCAAAAAGAAGGUUUAGAUGUUCCAAAAUAUGAGACAAAUGUUUCUGGUCCACCUCACAUUCCAACUUUUGUCUCCACUGUUGAAAUCAAAGGGCAAUCUUUUGAAGGUCAAGCAGCAAAGAGCAAAAAGCAAGCAGAGACCAAUGCAGCUAAGGUUGCAUACACUGACCUUCAAGAGCGUAAGAAGCUUGUUACCUCAGGUGGAGCAAGUAUGGUCCCUAUGAUUCUUCAAUCUGGAGGCAAAAUAAAGAAAGCUUUGGAGGCCUCAUCUUCCAUUUUGCAGUCGGUCAUUGCUGGUGAUUGGCAACAGAGUGCUGGACAGCCUGGACCAAAAGAAGAGCAGAGCGAAAAGGAUAAGGGUGUUGUUUUCUCUGGUGAUUUGCAACAGACUGCUGCUGGACCAACUGCAAACCGUGUAAUUCGGGAAGAGGAGGACAAGGACUACAUAGCUGGACAUGAAGAAAAGCGCUCAUCCAACUUGACCACUGCAAAUGCCGAAGUCAACUAUCACCAUGCCCCUCCCUCGCCUCCUGACUCAGAUAUAAACGCAAAGAGACACAGAGGCUCCAGUUCAGCUGACAUCAUAUAUGCUAGUUUGCGAGAUCCAUUUCCUUCUACCUGUUCGUCGCCCGAGGAUGGGUUCUCUCUGCCUUUGGUGCAUUCAAAGAGCUCUAAGAAUUCAACUUUGGAUUCCAACAAUAAGACACCACUUGGAACAGCAGAUGGAAGGAAUGCCUUACCUCGUGAGAAAAUUUGCGUUUACCCUCGCGGGCCAAACGUGGAAUAUCCCGAGGGUGCCACUAUGUUGCCCUUUAGCGAUGACAAGUGGGUGGCUAUGAAGAUGAAUCCAAAUCAGUUAUAGGAAGGUACACUGUUAAUGUUCCUUUCCCUUCUCUCAGAUUUGGGAACUUUUAGAUGGUGUUUCGAACAUCUAGGAACAAAUGCCUAUAUGGAUUAAUGUAAGCAUACUGGAUCUUUCCUUAGUUGUGAACUAUUUUUUUAAGUUUUACUUUAAAAUUUCAUAGACGUGUCGGCUUUAGUCGUUCA